AGCAACAUGUUCAAAUACAUUACUUUCGCCGCCCUCUUCGCCAUCGCCAUCGCCACCGCUGCUCCUGGUUUCAUCGCUCAGCCUGUUGUGGCCAAAGUUGGUGCCGUAGUUCACACCGUUCCAUCUGCCACUUCACACCAAAGCAUCACCCAAGUGCACAAUAAUGCGCAUAUUGUUACGCCUAUCGUGAAAGCCGUGGCUCCUGUGGUUCAUGUUGCUCCGGUUGUGAAGACCUACUCCGCUCCUGUCGUUCCAGUAGUGAAGACCUACUCCGCCCCAGUGGUUCAUCAUGUUCCAGUUGUGAAGUCUGUUGUUGCGCCCAUCGUACCAGUGGUACAUACUGUUCCAGUCGCCCCCAUUGUUCACCAUUAA